AGUUGUUUUCGAUAAUUAACUAACCAAGACAAUAUGCGUGUUAUUUUUGCUUUGGCUUUUUUGGCGUUAGCCUCAGCUGGCCCAUUGAAAGAUGAACCCUCUGAAGUUAUAGUCGCUGAAAAAUUUAUCAACGAAUGCGUCAGAAAAGUUUUAAUUGAUGGGCUCCCAGAAAUCAAUGUCCCAAGCAACGAACCAUUAAACCUCAACAUAAACUUUACUUAUGGUAACUUUGGAAUCCCAAACAUUUUUGAAAAAUUUUACAUACAUAUCAACAACGCUGUAAUAGAGGGAAUUCCAGAAUUUGAACUCAAAGAACUCGUGUCCCACCCAGAAAACAACCCAAACGGUGUUUUCUUCGACUACACCAUUUCCUGGAAAACCUUGGCUAUUAAGAACGAUUGGGAAAUGAUUGUCUUGGGAUGGAAAGUCGCUGAAGGACAACAAAAAAUUUACAUCGACACUACCAUCUCUGGAAUCUGGAACAUGACCAACACCCAGGGUAGGCAACAAUCCCUGGAUUCCUUCACAGCUAACAUUAUAACCAGAGGCGCUGAUCUGGUCUUGAGCAACACCGAGAAAGAUUUAUUUGUGAUAAGUUUGGAAGGUGCCAUCAACCAGGCCUUGAACAUCCCAGAAGUCAGCAAGGCUUUGUCGGCUAAACUUCAAAACAAACUCAACGAAAACUGGUUGCAAAACGGUGAAAGAAUUGACGCCAUGUUGAACUACUGCUGGCCAAAACAUUAAGCUUAUUUAAUGUAUGUAUAUAUAUAUAGAUUAUUAAUAAUAAACUGAGUAAAAAUAAAAAUGUUAUUAUUGUUUUAUUAAUAUAUCGCACUUCCAGUAAAACAUUGGCUUCCCUUACCAUUUUUUCGAAGUUGCAAAAUUGCAUCCGAGAGAGCAGAAAUACUGCGAUUUUAUUGGAGGCUUUUAAAUUUAAAUAACCCUUGCAACUUUGCCAAGGUUUAUAUUGACUAAUCAUUUUAUAUUUAUUUUUAUAAAAAACUAAUAAUUCGGCUUAUAUAAUAAUAUAAUUUAGUAAUUUUUAAAUAUCCA